AUGAAGAUAACUGUGUUGUCCGGAUCCGCAUCUCCAGUCCCCCUGGACCCACCCGUAUUGUGCCUCGUAUGCAGGCAGGUUGGCCACACCGUGCAAUUAUGCCCAUAUCUUUCUCGAGGCAGUCGGAGUGAUAAGGAUUCAGGAAUAGAGCUUCCUGGUGAGCUCGAAGCUGCGCGCGAAGCGGCGGCAUUUGAGACUCCUUGUUCUCUCACAACCACAUCUCGAAAUCAAUCACUGUGCCAGAGAUGCGCAAACCUCGACAUUCUUGGAGCUUUCACAGCUUCUGCGCCCUUCACUCUCGCCGAUAAAUCUCCCGAAAGUGCUGCAACAAAGAAGGUUCUCCGCAUGCGAAGUUUGGGACCUAUUCUCACUCUUCAGCUACUCGCUACGUGCCCACUCUGUCGUCUUCUUUUUGACAUUACCUACCUUGAUAAGGCAGAUCUCGAGAAUGUCACGAGUCUGCUCAGGGGCCCUGGAGAAGGCGUGCUGCUGCUUGUACCCGCGUGGACCGCAAAUCGUGUGGAGCGGGAGCUGCAAUGGCCAAAAUAUGCGAAAGGAAAGGGUCCCUUUGCGAGGUGUCUGUAUACUGCGGUGAAACCGGCAUCAGACUCUUGGGCAUGGGGGACAUCGCUAGUGGACUGGGCCACAGACGCUAUUGGGAUAGAGGAUCAUGGACACGACAGAGCAGGAGCGCUAUGUGUGAAAAGAGUUGAUGCCCAAACCGCAGACUAUAGUAUGAUGCGAGCGUGGUUGCAUCGAUGUGACAAGCUACACCAUGCGACGUGCAGGCCGUUUUUGUCUGAAGGUCUGAAGAAAAUCAAGCUCGUAGACGUGGAAAAUUGCAAAAUCGUUCAGUAUCCUGUGGAGUUCUGCGACUACGUCGCGCUCAGUUAUGUUUGGGGAGGAAUCGUCCAACCAAGCUACCUCCUAGGCGACACACUCCGCGAGAUGCCUACUACCAUCGAGGACGCGAUGACCGUAACACGGGAACUGGGAAAGCGAUAUUUGUGGGUAGACUCUGUCUGCAUCGACCAGGCCAACCAGACAGAGAAGCUCGUGCAGAUCGGACUCAUGAGUGCUAUAUACAGUGGUGCAUGGGCCACGAUCAUCGCGAUGUCGGGGCAGUCUGCACGGAGUGGUCUUCCGCGGAUUUCCUCACUCGAUGGUGUGAUACCGCAGCUAUCGUACGAAAUUAGUGGCAAGCAACUGCUCUCAACAAUGCCGACCCUCUCUCAGCAAGUAUCUCAUUCACCGUGGGUGACGAGAGCUUGGACAUUCCAGGAAGGACUCCUUUCUCCGCGACGCCUUUUCUUUACCAGACAUCAGGUCUACUUUGAAUGCAAUUUGGUCCAAUGCUGCGAGUCUCUGGACGAUUCAGAAUCCCCGAUUCACGACCUGUCUGAUGAGCAACGGCGAAACUUUGUAGACAAUCUUGCUGAUCACGAGUUGUCUCCUGAGCACGUUCUUGGUAGAGGGGUCCUCAGGGAUCCGUUCAGGCCAUUUCCCAUCGGAGUCGGCCAGGAAGACCAGGAAGAAACAGGCAUGGAGAAUCCACUUCGAAGGUAUAUGAAGCUGGUUUACGCGUACACGUCAAAGAAGAUGACCAACGAUGGAGAUGCAAUACAUGCAUUUUCGGCUGUGCUCACACGUCUGCAGGACAACGAUUUUGCGCAAGGCUUCUUGUAUGGUCUUCCUCUCCGAGAACUUCCCCGCGCUUUGUUGUGGACCCAUGUCAACGACAACGUCCGGCGCCGGGUCGGGUUCCCCGCCUGGUCUUGGGCGGGCUGGGAGGGGGUGGUCAAGCCGAUUCUGGUCAAAGGAGCACAUGGAUUUGAAAAAACGAAGGAACCUCCAUUGCGCAUUUGGAAGCCAGGAAGUGAUAGUUCUCUUGAAUUACUUUAUGAAUUUAACCCGAGCGAAUGGUCCGAGGCGAUUGGAGGCGAACAGCAUGAUGACUCUGCCAGCGAAGAUACAGAUGAUUGGGAAGAUGACAGCGAAGACGAAGACUAUGAUAGUGUCGUUGAGAGUGAGCCGAGUGAAGGCAGUGCCCCGUCCUGGAUUACAUCCAGAAGUGAACCCAAGGACAAUAGAGAGGAACCAGGAGAUGAUGAGAAUGCUAGCGAGGAAGAUUCAGCUAUGUGUAGUUACCCCCCAGAACAGAUUUCUCCACCUCGCUCUCCCGUCUCAUUCUCUAGCGUGGACGAAUCAAUCCUUGAAACAGACCCUAUCCCUGCAAUAGCGAAAGCGAUGUUCGAAGUUGAUCCUAGCUAUCCGCAGAUUCCGAACUUAGACGAUGACGCUUUGCUAAUCGAGGGCAUCAUUAUUCAGAUCAAAUUCAAGAAAACGAGUCCGCAAUCAUGGCCGGGUAGUGAGCGUAUGCAUCAGCCGGGGGAUGUUGACGCGAACAUAGAGGCUGACUCACAACAAUGCUUGGUGGACCUCCGAGGCAGUUUUAGGGAAUAUCAGCUUCGGAUAUACGGGGGAAAUGCGAAGAUGGUGAUCGAGGAGCGGCACGGAGCCGUUCAAGACUACCUGAUUUUGACUCGAGAACAUGACGGCCCUGACCAUUGUACGCAUAUCUGGAAUGCGAGGCGACGUGUAUCAACAGAACCGCCUAAGGGGACACCGUCCUCCGGCACAAGUGAUUCAGAGGGUGUCGUAGAAGCUUCUCCCAUUCCGAAUGUUCUCACAUCUUCGUCAAUGAAGUCGACAUAUCACGGUCCCCUUACGACGACUUUCCGUCGAUUGAAGAUAUUCUCACUCUCGUCCUUGACCCUCACUUUUGUCAUGACACCAUUCAUAUUCAUUAUGGAGGCGACCUCCAAUCUGCCGCUCGUGGCUCGCUUCGCACUGGCCGGCAUAGCAAUGACAACGAGUGGCGUCUCGACUGCCUUGGUUGCGUGGUGCGGGCAUCCUUACGUGACAACCCUCCGAUGGGUGAAGACUGAUGGCGACGAGAACUCGGGCAGUGCGCAAGGGCUCGAGAUGACCACGCUUACACUGGGGCUGCACGAACGCAAUACACGUGUAUAUGAUACUGCGUUCCUCGUCCCUACCAGCAGGCCAUUUGCCACUUGGGAACUAGCAGAAGCGUUCCAGCUCCCCAGCUCCGAGGUCGAGCUAGCCAGAGGCCAAGGGACAAUACCGGGUGAAGAGACGGUCGCGGAGACCUUCACUCGAAAAGGGGACGUCGUUGGCAGGUGGAUCGUACGGUGGGAUGAAAAUGGCACUGGAACGUGUACUCAAGCCGGCAAGGCGAUUCGGUACUUCAAUGUUCAUCAAGAACUUCUGGAUAGGCCGGUUUCAUGA